UUCAACCUCUUCACUGCUGAGAGAAACGUGAAACCCUAGUUUCAUCGUAACUGAAUCUGCCAACUGUUGCGAUUUUGCUCGAGCUCGAGCUGAGAGAGAUCGUAGUUUAUGUGAUGUCGAAGCGUAAAUUCGGAUUCGAAGGAUUCGGCUUAAACCGGCAAAGUACUUACAACUUCGAGCGAUCUCAGGCUCCGCAGCGUCUCUACGUCCCUCCGUCGUCUCGUGGCCACGACGACUUUGAGGAUGCCGACAUAGAGAAUAUAGAUUAUGCCGAUAACGAGAACGCAGAGGAAGACGUCUCUGAAGGUGGUGGCGCUACGGAGGCUAACGGCGGUGAGGAUGAUGAGAUCGAUCCAUUGGACGCGUUCAUGGAGGGCAUUCACGAGGAAAUGAAGGCCGCGCCUCCGACUAAGCCGAAGGAGAAGCUCGAGAGGUACAAGGAGGAUGAGGAUGACGAUCCCAUGGAGAGUUUCCUGAAUGCGAAGAAGGACGUUGGCUUGACAUUGGCCGCGGACGCGCUCCACGCGGGGUAUAACUCCGACGAGGAGGUCUAUGCAGCGGCUAAGGCGGUGGAUGCGGGGAUGCUGGAGUACGAUUCCGAUGAUAAUCCCGUUGUAGUGGAGAAGAGGAAGAUUGAGCCGAUUCAGGCUCUGGAUCAUAGCUUGAUCGAGUACGAUCCAUUUAACAAGGAUUUCUACGAGGAGAAGGAAUCAAUAUCUGGAAUGAGCGAACAGGAAGUGUCUGAAUACCGGCAGAGAUUGGGGAUUCGUGUCUCAGGUUUCGAUGUCCCGAGGCCAAUCAAGACCUUUGAAGAUUGUGGAUUUGCCUCGCAAAUAAUGAAUGCUAUCAAGAAACAAGGUUAUGAAAAGCCUACCACUAUCCAGUGCCAAGCUUUACCUAUUGUGCUCUCUGGUCGGGAUAUUAUUGGUAUAGCCAAAACUGGUUCAGGUAAGACCGCUGCAUUUGUGCUUCCCAUGAUCGUUCAUAUUAUGGAUCAGGCUGAGCUUCAGAAAGACGAAGGCCCGAUUGGUGUCAUAUGUGCCCCAACCAGAGAAUUGGCGCACCAAAUAUUCUUGGAAGCAAAGAAAUUUUCAAAGUCAUAUGGCCUCCGUGUCUCUGCUGUAUAUGGUGGAGUGUCUAAACAUGAACAGUUUAAAGAACUCAAAUCAGGAUGUGAGAUAGUUGUUGCUACUCCAGGACGGUUGAUAGACUUGCUGAAGAUGAAGGCUCUAACAAUGAUGAGGGCAACAUAUUUGGUUCUUGAUGAAGCAGAUCGGAUGUUUGACUUGGGAUUUGAGCCACAAGUAAGGUCUAUUGUCGGGCAGAUCCGUCCAGAUCGUCAGACUUUGCUUUUCUCAGCAACUAUGCCUCGGAAAGUUGAGAAGCUAGCUAGGGAAAUCCUCACAGACCCUAUUAGAGUUACAGUCGGUGAGAUUGGGAUGGCCAAUGAGGAUAUUACACAAGUUGUUCAUGUAAUUCAAUCUGACGCAGAAAAACUACCUUGGCUUCUUGAGAAGCUUCCCGGAAUGAUCGACGAGGGUGAUGUACUGCUUUUCGCUUCAAAAAAGUCCACUGUGGAUGAGAUUGAAACUCAGCUGACUGAGAAGGGUUUCAAAGUUGCCGCACUCCAUGGUGACAAAGACCAGGCUUCGCGUACGGAAAUUCUGCAGAAGUUCAAGUCUGGUGUAUACCAUGUGCUAGUUGCAACUGACGUUGCUGCCCGAGGUCUUGACAUCAAGUCACUUAAGACAGUGGUGAACUUUGACACGGCAAAGGACAUGGACAUGCAUGUACAUCGUAUUGGUAGAACAGGUCGUGCUGGGGACAAGGACGGGGUUGCCUACACACUCGUAUCACAGAAAGAGGCAAGAUUUGCCGGUGAAUUGGUAAACAGUUUGAUUGCUGCUGGUCAGAACGUGCCUCCAGAACUCAUGGAUCUUGCCAUGAAGGAUGGAAGAUUCAGAUCCAGACGUGAUGGGAGAAAAGGAGGUGGGAAGAAAAGUCGUGGACGGGGUGGGGGCGGGAGUGGGGGUGGUGGUAGAGGUGUACGUGGAGUCGAUUUUGGAAUGGGAAUUGGAUACAACACGGAAUCCAAUUCCAAUGCAGCGGCAACAUCACAGGCUGCGUCAAGCAGGAGUGGGGCAGUGAAUUCGCUAAGGACAGGAGUGAUGGCGCAAUUCAAGAGUAGUUUUGUUGCUGCAUCUUCAAAUCCUCCGCAAAACCAGACAUAUCCCAACAGGAGACCGUCCCUAACGGGGUUUGUCUCUGGUGGUACUAUCGGUGGAGAAGCAGGAAGAACUCAGUCAACAACCACCACCAGCUAUCAGGGCCAAGCUCCUCCCCAGAACCCCGCUGUGCAUAACUCCACUCGGAGAAGCUCUGAGAGAUCAGAAGAUCGACCUGGAGAGAAGAGGCGACGCUCGGGUUGGGAUCGUUGAUGUUUCUCGGUAUUUAUGAUCUGUAUCCUCGCUAGCGUUUUCUUGUUUUUAUACGCACCCGAAUGAUCCCUCUUGUGUUGUAUUGCUUCUUUUAUUUCCUCAUGAGUUCUCAGGCAGCUCUCACGAUUAUGUAUACUUCGAAAGAAAUCAUCUUUCUUACCAAAGAA